AGACAAGGAUCUAUUACUUCAUUUUCUUGAGUCAAAUUUCUCCUAAUCCUGUUGCUUCCAAUGGCUUGGACAUGCAAAGUAGAAAUCAGCUAGUUAAUUUACAAACGGUUGGGCUAAAGCUGAGCUAGAAAUUGGAGUCAGGCCUUUACUCCAAGUAUCAAAUGAGAAGGUGGGAAAAUGAAUUACUUUCUAAACCUGCAAUUUUGUAUUUUCUAACAAAUACCAAAUUGUGCACAAUAAUGGGGCAGGGCUGCAAUGAGCAGCAAGCCUAGGUCAUGUUUGUGCAGUGGAUUUCAAUUGAAACCAUGUUAUAUAGGACUGACUAGAAUAAAUUUCAUAACGAACUUACAAUUUCCUGGCUUUACUAGGCCUAACAUGCAUGAUAUACGUGGAAAUGAUGAAACAAAAUGCUGCCAUUGAGAGCCUACAGGACUAUCCACCUAGAUGACCCCUCCUCAUUCUUCUGUACUACCCAUUCCUGGCCAUUUGCAUUAUGGAGCAGUUGAACAGAAUCAUGGCCUCUCAAACUGGACUACGCAAGGAAAGCUCUCACCAAAAAUAGUGCACUAUAAAUAGAUUGAUGCAACAACUUUCUGCCCUUCCAUUUCUCCAACUAAACUGAGGAAAUCUUGGCCUGCCUCUCUUGGACCUCUGGAGGGGACUAGAAUCCUGGUAAUUUGUGACAGAUCAUGCAGGAAUAGGAGGUCAAGAGAAUUGUCAACCACAAUGAAGAUGGCACCAAGAAGAUGAAAUUUCAUCGACCAUAUUUUCUCGCUCCUUGAAUGCUGCUUCCUUAGGUAUGUGAGUUUCAUUCAAUGGGUCUGAUAAUUAUUCUGGCAAAUCAUUGAGCAUUGUUUCAGAAUGAUUAUUUGUUGCUGCGUGAUGGAUGGAUAAAAUCUCUGAUCGUCGUUUGCCACGGUUCUGUUCUAAACAGAAUAUUCAGGAUAACAGUCGGUCAUUUACAGGGCUAGUUCAAGAGGUGGGGAACGCAAAUACUUGAAGUGGUGGAUUCCUCUGGGGGCACCGCGGGCGGGCAGCCGCCUGUGGAACCAGCUAAGAUGAAGGGCCUUCUCAAGGGCCUCCGUUACAUCUCGCAGAUCUUCGAUGCGAAGGAGCCGGAGAUGCAGAUCGGGAACCCGACGGAUGUCAAGCACGUCGCUCACAUCGGCUGGGACAACGCCUCCGUCACCGCGCCCAGCUGGGUAGCCGCUUCCACUCCCGAUCGCGCCAUGCGCGUGUUCGUUUUCCGUCCAUCUAACGGCUCGGAUUGGGAAUGUGUUGCAGAUGAACGAAUUCAAGGCAUCGCCCGGGGCGGCGGCCAGAGGCAGCGAGCCGGAGCCCUCGCAGGCCGGGGGUGGAGGAGAGGAGCAGCCCGGAGGAGGAGAAGCCGGCGGCAAGGCGGAGCGGCCUCGGCGGACGAGGGGGAAGGGUUCGGGGGGCGGCGAGGCGAAGCGGCGGGACGGCGCGGGGGAGGGGUCGCGGCGGGACCGGCGGCUGGCGAAGACGGACACGGAGGGCGGCGCCGAGGGGGACGCCGCGGCGCCGAAGCAGCGCCGGAGGAAGCCCCGGGCGUCGGGGGGCCGGUCCAAGUCGUCGUCCGGAGGCGCCGGCGGCUGCGGCCCCGCCUCGGACUCGGAGGCGGCGCGGUCGGCGGCGGCGCCGGAGGCGGAGGACGAUCGCGACGGCUGCUGAGGCGAAGGGAACGGCUGCCGCGCGCUGCUGGGGCUCGGCUGGUGCACACGGAGGAGAGGACGCCUUCAAAUUUGAAUUUGGCUUUUGUUUGGCUGGAGGUCGGAGAGCUUUGGGCCUUUUCUUUUAAUUUUUCUGUUCUUCUUUUACGUUUGGUUCCAGGCCGGUCUUUUCUAUGGACAGAUUGUCUUUUAGAUGGUCGUCGUGUAACAACAACAAACAACAAACGGGGUAGCAGAGUGAGUGGCACAAGAAAGAAGGCCGAUGAAACAAAUUGGCCUGUAUAUGUAUAUGUUUAGCACGUAUUAUCAAGUUUGU